AUGUCUUCUACGGAACACACUGUCGCUAACAACGACAACCAAGCCAAAGAGAGCACCAUCACCAAGCCUAGCGAGGGCACGUGUGGAUCUGUACUCGACACCGACAACGACGUCGUCACCGUAGACGAACAGGUCGCCGAGGAUCAAGAAAUGGAAGACAGCUACGUGUUCGUCGAAGCUGACUACCAUUCCUACACCGACGUGGAAUCUUCCGUCGCCGAAGGCUCGGGCUCGGACUGUGGACUCUCAGAGCGUGAAGAGGAGGGCAAUGCAGACUCCAAGAAUGACGCUGAAAUAAUGGAAGAGCAGAACGGUGGUGUGAGGAGGGGAUUUGUCAAGAAAACGACAGAGAAGAAGACUUCCGGUCCUGAACGUGAUGGCGGCAAGAAUGAUGGAAUAGAUUUGCCAGAUAUUGUGAAAACUAUGGUGUCGCUAUUCCUACGCUCGAUCAACGGAACUGGUUUUGCAGGAUUGAGCAGAGAAUCGUUGCAGAGAAAGCCCGGCAUGCGAAACGAAUAG